AUGGGUCCGAAGCGCCGCUCGUCAUCCAGGCUGAUGGUGAAGACCACCAAGCAAGUCGUCAAGGAAACAGUUGAAGUGUCUGUCGUUCAAAGUAAGAAGAGGCAGAAGAAAGUUAAUGAUGAUGAGCAACAAGAGCUAUCUGAGACAACUAUUGCCAUCGAGACCAAAGAAGAAAACAAGACCGAGAAAGUUGAAGUCUCGGUUGACAAGGAGCCAACCAAGAUUAUUCCCAUCGAGAGCCAAGAAGAGAUUGCUGCACAAGACAAAGAGCCAGAGGAAACAAGGACUAUUCCGGUUGAGUAUGCUGCCGUGGGAACCCCAGAGAGACAAGAAGGAACAACUCCAUGUGUUGACAAAGAACAGCAAGAGGAAAAAAGAGGUGAUCCGGCAGUAGACAAAGAGGAUGUUGCCGUGGAAACCCAACAAGAAGAAAGUGAAACUCAAAACUAUGAAGAAGCCAGAGACACUAUUUCCAUGGAUACCCAAGAAGAAAGUGGAACACAAAAUUUUGAAGAGACCCCUAUGACUCCUGAAAAGAAAGAAGAAAACCAAUCAUCCAAGGGUGAGGAGGAGAAGAGCGUGGAUGUGAAGCAGACCGGAGGAGGAGAGGAGAAGAAAGAAAAGAAGAGAAAGAGAAGAUCACCAGGGAAGAAUAGAGAGGGAGGAGAUGGGUAUAAGAGGUAUGUGUAUAAAGUGUUGAAGCAGGUGCAUCCUGAACUUGGGAUGUCAGCAAAGGCCAUGGUGGUUCUUAACAAUUAUAUGCAUGACAUGUUCGAAAGGCUAGCUGAUGAGGCAGCAAAGCUCACUAUGUACACAACUCGAAAGACCUUGUCUGCGAGGGAGAUUCAAGGGGCAGUGAAGCUGGUUUUGCCUGGAGAGCUCGGGAAACAUGCCAUGGCCGAAGGGACCAAGGCUGUGAGCACUUACUUGUCCAAGAGUGCAUCGAGAUCCAAGAAGUCUUGA